UUGCAGGAACGAAUGCAGCCAGAAUCUGUGAUCAAUGGAACAGGCAUUACUGAGUUCAUCCUACUGGGCUUGGUGGAGACACCAGAGCUUUGGCCAGUUGUCUUUAUACUCUUCCUCUUUGCCUACAUGGUCACAGUCGGGAGCAACCUCAGCAUCCUGGCAGCCAUCUUGGUGGAGUCCAAACUCCACACCCCCAUGUACUUCUUCCUGGGGAACCUAUCAGUGCUGGAUGUUGGGUGCAUCACCGUCACUGUUCCCUCAAUGUUGGGUCGUCUCUUGUCCCACAAGCGUACAAUUCCCUAUGAAGCCUGCCUCACACAGCUCUUCUUCUUCCAUCUCCUGGUUGGGGUGGACUGCUUCCUGUUGACAGCCAUGGCCUAUGACCGAUUCCUGGCCAUCUGCCAGCCCCUCACCUACAGCACCCGCAUGAGCCAGACGGUCCAGAGGAUGAUGGUGGCUGUAUCCUGGGCUUGUGCCUUCACCAAUGCACUGACUCACACUGUAGCCGUAUCCACACUCAACUUCUGUGGUCCCAGUGUGAUCAAUCACUUCUACUAUGACCUUCCACAGCUCUUCCAGCUCUCUUGCUCCAGCACUCAACUCAACGAGCUGCUGCUCUUUGCUGUUGGUUUCAUAAUGGCAGGUACCCCGGCUCUUGUUGUCACCUCGUAUGCUCAUGUGGCAGCUGCAGUUCUACGAAUCCGUUCAGUAGAGGGCAGGAAGAAAGCCUUCUCCACAUGUGGCUCCCAUCUCACUGUGGUUGCCAUAUUCUAUGGUUCAGGUAUCUUUAACUACAUGCGACUAGGUUCAGCCAAGCUUUCAGACAAAGAUAAAGCUUUUGGAAUUUUUAACACUGUCAUCAACCCCAUGCUGAAUCCAAUCAUCUACAGCCUUAGGAACCCUGAUGUGCAGGGUGCCCUAUGGCGGGUGCUCAGGGGCAGGUGGUCACUGGCUUGA